CCUACCCUUGAUACGUACAUUAAAACAAAAAUUUUACACACCAAUAUUCAUAUGAUAAAACUUUAUAUUAGCAAACUUAACAUUUCUCAGCUAAUUUUGAAACUUGAAUACAUUGGUUUUAAGUAUUUUGACUAGUAUUCUUUAUGGAUAAACUGCUGUUGAUCUGGAUGGUAAAUAUUCUUUAUUUCAACUUUAUAGUUGGACAAAACAGUCAACAGUGCACAACAGAAAAGCGAUGCCAGUGCAAGGAGGUAGAAUCGGGAUUACUUGCUGAUUGUUCAGGACUAAACCUUAAUUCUUAUCCAAAGUUCUUCGAUGGCAUUGUAACAAUAGAUGUUAGUUAUAAUAAACUGAAUGAUUUUCCGUCAACACUUGAUUUUCCUACUACAUUAAAACAUUUAAAUCUUUCCGGAAAUCUACUAGAAAGAGUCGACACUGUCAAGUCGAGGAAAUUGUUUUCGUAUAUCAAUAAUUUAGCAUCGCCUAAUUUAUCUUCGAAUUUUAUACCUUUGGAUCCUCAAGCUUACCCUGAAGAUAUAUUUAUGAAACUUACAAAGUUAAAAAGUCUCGAUCUGACAAGAAACACGUUAACUCAAUUUGAAUUCAGAAAUUUGGAUCACGUUAUAAAACCUCUUGUAUCAUUAGAAAGUUUUGCUAUAGAUGGGUCUGAGAAAAUUUCUUUUGGAGUUGGAUUUUGUAAUGAAUACAGACUACUUACCAUAAAGGAAGACUACUUUGAUAAUCUAUCGAAUUUAAAAACAUUAGAUAUUUCAUCAGAAAUCGAUCGGAAUUUCACGGCAAUGAACUGGACAACAUCAUUGUGUUCUCUUUUUUAUAUUUAUAGAGGAGCCAUUUCAAAGUUAUCACACCUGAGAUUUCUUGAUAUCUCUUAUAAUCGAGAAUUAGGAUUAUGUGGUUUCUCGAAUAUUACCCAGGACCUUCCGUUUACUCAGAUCAGGAUUUUAAGGGCAAAUUAUUUGCAUUGUAAUGCUGGCCCUUCGGUCACACUUUUGUGUGAAGAUAUUAAACCGUUCACGAAUACUUCUCUUGAAGAAUUGUAUUUUGACGGCAACAAUAUUGAUUUUGCGCAAACUGGGGUGUUGUAUUAUCUGCCUGCGUCACUCAAACGUUUAACGUUGAAAAACAAUCGAUGGAUUCAGAAUAGAUAUACAUACUGUAACACAUUUGGGCUGACAAAUCUUACCUAUCUUGAUAUCAGUGAUAUGAAUCAACAUCAAAUAUCUUCUGAUGAACAGUAUGUAGACUGUCUAAAUUUUAUUCGCAUCCUUAACUGUGAAAAACUUCGAUCCAGUUCAUUCGGAACGAGUUUGAAUCCCCGUGUUCCGGAAUUGUGUAUUAAAGAGUGUCUUUUACCAGGAAGGCAAGAAAACUUCUAUGCACAGAAGAAACUCGACAAUGUUAACAAUGGAAAAACUAAUAUUUCUUAUCGUUUGAGAUGUAGCACUCCAAAACCAUAUGCAGCAAAUGUAAAAGUGAUUUUUGUUCCCCGCAAUAUUGAACACAUUGUAAUGAAUAAUUCUCGAUUAGGACAUACUUUAAAAUAUACUUAUUUCGCUUCGUCAAAUCUCAAAUCAUUAGUUUUAAGUCACAAUCAGUUUUACUCACUCAUUGGACCAAUUUGUAAUGCAACUAAAUUAAAAUAUUUAGAUCUUUCAAAUAAUAGAUGUUCCCAUUUAUCCGCUUACGUUUUCAGUGAAUUGAUAGCAGUGGAAAAAAUCGUUUUGGAUAAUAACUUAAUUGGGAGUGCACAAAUACUGAAGGAUAAAAAUAUAAGAAACCUUUUCUCAAUGCAAUCAAAACUAAAAGAAUUAAGUUUAACAUCGAAUAGAAUUAAGUUCUUACCGAGAGAAAUAUUUUGGAAUCUGAAAAAUUUGCGUUAUUUAAAUCUAAGUAAAAACCAACUGACUGAUUGGAAUGUUAAUAUUGAACAAAUGAGACAUUUGAUUUAUCUUGAUUUGUCUGAAAACCAAAUUCUUUUUCUUUCUGAUACUGGGAUGGCUUUAAUUGAUUCAAGUUUCUCUAAAACAUUUACUGUAGAUUUAUCUUCUAAUCCAAUACAGUGUAAUUAUGAUUCUCACAUUUUUAUUAUGUGGCUUAUCAAGCGCCAGGAAAUAUUCAAAAAUUUUGAGCAUUAUAACUGUCAGCUUAUUGAAACCAAUAUCACCGAUAUCCCAACCGCAAACGCAUAUUUGAAAAAGAAAUGUUCCUCCUAUGUGAGUUUAAUAGUUUUAUCAAUCAAUUUGAUAAUAUGCUUUUUAGCUUUAUUAGUGAUUGCCAUAGUUUAUAGACACCGAUGGAAAUUAAGAUAUUGGUAUUAUAUAGCUAAACGUCAAUAUGUUCGGGGAUACAAUGGGGUUGCAGAUGAAAAGAGUUACCGCUUUGAUGCGUUUAUCUCAUACGCAGAUGAAGACAGACUUUUUGUAACAAAAAGUGUUAAAACAAAACUAGAAGAAGAAGGAAAUUUGAGACUUUGCAUUCAUCAUCGAGAUUUUAUUCCCGGGUGCGAUAUUGCAGAUAAUAUCAUUAAUGCUAUACACCAAAGCCGAAAGGUAAUAUUUAUAAUCACGGAAGCCUUUUUAAAAUCAGAAUGGUGUAUGUAUGAAGUGCAUAUGGCUCAUACAGAAAACGUGAUGUCACGACAAGGCACAAAUAUGUUAAUACUUGUCUUUAAGGAGAAAAUACCUCAAAAACGAACUCCCCAAAAGAUAAUGCAAAUUGUACAAGAGGAGGUUUACAUAGAUUUUCCCGAUGAUAUUGAAGGUGAAGAAAUAUUCUGGAAUCAUCUUACCGAUUCCUUAUUAUGAAUGACAAUGUUGAAAGAUAAACAUAAUUGAGUAUGAAUGUCUUAAUUGUUAUUAUCAAUAUAGUGAGAAAAAAUUACUAACCCGCACAUUGCACACGUACAUAGAACCGCCGAUAAAUACGAUAAGACAAUUUCGAUCUAAUUAUAUUAUAGUUAAACAUCAAUACAACAUGUUCUUUCAUCAAUGAAAAUAAAUCAUUGCUAUUUUACAUAUAUUUGUUCUCAGCAAGUGAUGUCUUAACACAUUUGUGGAAUAUUUUAUAUAUAGUAUGUUCAUUCACAUUGUGAUUCGUAUUUCAAAAAAAAAUUCUGGAAUUCGAUUGAUGCAUAAAUAACGAUCAUUACCAUUAUUUUAUUUGCCUAACGCUAAACUGCAUCUUUCCAAAUCUAAUCAGUACACCGUGAUAUGAAUAGAAAUUUAAACAUACAAACAAUGAUAAAACAGUUUUCUUAAAAAAAACUUCUUAGUAAACUAGAAGAAGGUUAAGGGCUCACAAACAUGUUUAACCCCGCCACAUUCUUUAUAUGCCUGUCCCAAGUCAGGAGCCUGUAGUUCAGUGGUUGUCGUUGGUUCAUGUCUGUCAUAUUUGUUUUUUUGUUAAUUGUUUUGUUAUAAAUUAUGCCGUUAGUUUUCUCAGUUGAAUUGCUUCAUAUUUUUCAUGUCAGCACCUUUUAUAGCCAACUAUACCGUAUGGGUUUUUCUCAUUGUUGAAGGCCGUAAGGUUGCCUAUAACUGCUUACAUCCAAUUAAUUUGUACUUUGGUGGAUAGUUGUCUCAUUGGCAAUCAUACCUCAUCUCCUUAUCUUUACAUAUAGGUAACUACUCACAGUUCCCUUUUUACGAUAAGUUUAGAUUUAAUCGAUAUCAUAUUUUCACAUUUGCAUUACAACAACUAACUU